GCCAAGCACACCCCAACAUCUAUACUAGCAGAGUGUUAUACCAGCUUUAAUUUUGAGAUACUUCUGCUGCUGGCGUAUGUAGCCCUUAUUGACGUAGUGUUCUGGGCGCAUCUGUGCCUCUGGAUGGCUUUUGACCAUGGACAUGAAGACUGGUGCCAGGACCAGCUGGCCAAGACACCCAGGAGAUACAGCUUGGCACCAGCGGCUGCAACAACAAUGGCGGAGCUGCUGGCUGUUUGUCUUGUCUGGCACCCAGGGUCUGCGAAAAGCGAAACAGCGUGGCAGAGACGAGCAGAAGACUGACGCUGAUGCAGCAUCGGUGCGGGUCAGCGAGGGAAUGAGGGGCAAUAUAAAUAUCUCGGACACCCACAGCCCGCAACAGAGCCAGUGUGGAGGCAGGCGCUGCCAUUGUGGAAGGCGGGGGCAGAGCUGCUUGUUUCCCGCACAAGCAGGCGCCAGACGUGUGACAGACCGGGUGGGGAGAGGCAAAAAGCGCUCAUCGCGGCAUAGGGAAAGGAAAGGAAAACAUCGUCGCAAUCCGUCGAUCCCUUUUGUGGACAGAAGCUCAUGUGAAGAAGAGAAUAAUCCACACCGAGGGGACUCGGAAAAGGCAACAUCGACGCUGGUUCGGCUUGGCAGGCCAGCGAUUUGCUGGAAGGAAGGAGUGAGCGAUUUUUGCUACUGAAUGAGCAGCCACAUUUGUAAAAAAAGUUGUUCCUCAAAGAUUCCACCGCCCGCAAAAACCACUCAUCCUCUUUCUUCUCCUCUUUUUAUUUUUCGCU